AGUUUAGGGAGUAAAGUAAAAUACCUAAUUAAUUUUUACUUGUUCCUUUAGGUAGCGCACAAAAAAGAAAGCGGGAAAAAAUAGAAAGGACGGAAGCCCUGUAAAGCGUGCAGAGGGCUAGUGAAUAGAGAUCAAUUUGCAGAGAAUAAAGAAGAAGAUGGCUACAGUGAUGCAAAGCUCUCAGCCAUGGGUGGAGAAAUAUCGACCUAAGCAAGUAAAAGAUGUGGCUCACCAGGAUGAGGUGGUCCGGGUCCUCACCAACACCCUCGAAACCACUAAUUGUCCCCACAUGCUCUUCUAUGGUCCCCCCGGUACCGGAAAAACCACCACCGCUCUCGCCAUUGCUCAUCAGCUUUUUGGACCUGAACUAUACAAGUCUAGAGUGCUGGAGCUCAAUGCAAGUGAUGACCGUGGUAUCAAUGUUGUUCGGACAAAAAUCAAAGAUUUUGCCGCUGUUGCUGUGGGCUCUGGCCAACGUCAAGGGGGAUACCCUUGUCCACCUUAUAAGAUCAUUAUCCUUGAUGAGGCCGAUUCCAUGACUGAAGAUGCUCAGAAUGCCCUUAGACGUACAAUGGAAACUUAUUCCAGAGUCACAAGGUUCUUUUUCAUAUGUAAUUACAUCAGCAGGAUCAUAGAGCCUCUUGCAUCUAGGUGUGCAAAGUUCAGGUUCAAGCCACUUUCAGAAGAAGUCAUGACUAGUCGUGUAUUGUACAUUUGCAAUGAAGAAGGUCUGAAUUUGGAUUCAGAGGCUCUUUCAACUCUAAGUUCUAUUUCACAAGGUGAUCUUCGCCGGGCUAUUACAUACUUGCAGUCAGCAGCUCGCUUGUUUGGAUCAUCAAUUUCUUCCAGGGAUCUGAUUGGUGUUUCUGGGGUCAUCCCACUCGAGGUUGUUGAGGCUGUUUUUACAGCUUGCAUGAGUGGUAACUUUGAUUAUGCAAAUAAGGAAGUCAAUAACAUUAUUGCGGAGGGAUAUCCUGUCUCUCAGAUGCUUUCACAGUUAUUUGACAUGGUUGUAGAAGCAGCUGAUGUAUCAGAUGAACAGAAGUCUAGAAUAUGCAAGAAAUUGGGCGAAGCAGAUAAGUGUCUUGUUGACGGUGGGGAUGAGUACUUGCAACUACUUGAUGUGGCUAGCAACACAAUGCGUGCUCUUUGUAACAUGCCGCAAGAGUUCUCUUAUAGCAAUUAGGUGUUUGAGAUGCUAGAACCAGGUAACCAUUUAGUGAGAUUUUGCAGAAACAACUUAUUCAAUUGCCUGAAAAUUAUCUAAUUUGGUGAAACAAUGCCUCAUUCCAAUC